AUUUUUCAGCUAUUUUUAAUUAAAUUAUUGCAAUUAUUUAAGUUUUUUUUACUCACAGAUGUUACAUCAGAUCUCUGAAAUUUCAGGCUUCCCGGCUUUUUUUUUUUUCUUAUAUUUCAUUUAUUAUUUUUGGAUACAAUCAGACUUGUCUUCUUGGAUACAAAAUAACCUAUUUUUCAUUUUGUCAACAAACAAGUACACAUAGUGUAAUUUUUAAAAAAUUCAAUGUAAAUCAAAUGAUGAAAAUAAUUACAAUAUUUAUAACUUAAAAAGUAACGUUAGUAUUUAGCUUUGGCAAGUAAAACUAUUUUAGUAAUUUAUUGAUUAAUGACUCCAACAAAAACAUUCGACAUGUUACAAAUUAAACAAGAAGAAAAAGAACAAAUUAAUCAUCAUGAGGAACAUGUUGAUGAUAAUAACAGUGACAGUGAAUCAUCCUUACUGCAGCCUUCACUUUUUGAUAAAAAAAAUCUAUCAUGUGAUGGUGAGAAUGACGAUGAUGAUGAUGAUGAUGCUGAUAAUUCAAAUGAUCCUAAUUUUCUUAGGCUAAAUUCAAAGGUUAGAUAUGUUUAUUUUUCACAUCUUCUAAAGUCAAUAAUAAACAAUUAUAAUAUGUGUUGUAAGAAUCAUCAUGAAUUAACAAAUUAUGAUUUAAAAAAAUUAACAAAUGAAUUAGAGCUAAAAGCAGUUAAGCUAUCACUUUAUUCAGAUUAUUAUCGUAAAGAAAUGUUGAAAUUAAUAAAUAGUGUAAAAUAUAAUACAAAUAAUAAUAAAAUAUAUGAUAAAUUAAAUAUUUUUAUAAAUAAAUUACCAACAAGUGUUGAUGUUGGUGUACAAACAAUGAAUGAUCAUCUAGUUGAUGAUGAAAAAUUAAUAAUUAAUAAUGAAACAAAACCAAAUGUAAAAAUUGAAUCAUCAUUCAAAGAUAAGCUAGAUGAUGAUGAUGAUAAAAAUAUAAAAAAUUUAUCAAAUAAUUCAAAUGAUUGUUUAGAAAUUAAAUCAGAACCUCAUGAUGAUGAUGAUCCUAGUGUUGAUGAUAAUCAAACAGUUAAAAAUGAAAUUAUAAAUAGCCAAAAAACAAAUGAUAAUAUUAUGGAAAUAUUUGGUGAUUUAAAUGACACUGGUAAAUCAUUUGUUGAAGAGGAAAAUUCAAAAGAUUCAUUAAUGCAAAAUAUGGAAGAUAUGUUUUGUGAAAGUGAAGACAGUAAUGAUUUAUUAUCAUUAAUUGAUAAAAAUUCAACUGUUAAAAAUAUUAAAAAUGAUAUAUUAAAAUAUUCAAUUGAAGCAUCAUCAAGUUUAAUUGAUACAUCAUCAAAAACACCAACAACAAUACCAAUAAAAUCAUUAAUAAAUAAUGAACAAAUAAAUAAACGUAAAUUAACAAUUGAUAGUUAUAAAAAAAUAAAAAAAAGAGCAUUACAAGGUGAUGUUAAAGAAGAUAAACAAAGUAAAAAAAAAAAAGGUAUUUGGCUUGUUGAACGUAUUAAUCAAAUAACAAAAUUACGUGAUAAAAUGAUGAAUAUAUCAAUUAAAAAUUAUAGAAAACAUGGUAGAUUGAAAGAAAAAUUUAUUGUAUUAUUUGGUUAUGAUGAUGAUGCUGAUGAAAUGAUGCCAGAAUCACCAAUUCAUAUUGAAGAACAUUUAACAUCUUGCAAAGAAAGAAUAGCACCAUGGGUUGUACGUUAUUUAAUGCCUUAUUAUACUAAAAAAAUAAUUGAUAAUAAAUUAUUAUUUAAACUUGUUGCUAAACAUAUUGCAAAUGUUCUUAUUCUUCAAAAUACAUUUCCAGAAGAAGAAACUGUCAAUGAAUAUAUUAAUAAAUAUUUUCAAAACAAGACUUUCAUCAAAACAGAAAAUGAUAUUUACAUAUAAAUUUAUCAACAAUAUUGUUGUUAAUAUUAAAUAAUUAUUAUUAACAUUGUAUUUCAUUUUUGAAAUAUUUUUCUUUCAAGCUCUCUUCAAUUAUACCAUUGAAAUUUUUCAGUAUUAAUUAAAAAACGUUGAAUAAUUUAAUUAAUAAUUUUUUUAUUAUAAUUUAAAAGUUGUAUAUUUAAUUAGCAGUGUAAUUUAACGACACUAAAAAUAAAGAAUACAUGAUUAUAAUCAAAAAUGAAAUAUAAAACAAAAAGAUAAUUCAUAAUUAAGCUGUAAAUAUUUGAAGACUUAAAAGUAAAUAAUAA